AUGUGGUUAGGAAGCUGCUGGUUUGGGGCUCGUUGGUUGGGAAUCAGGGCGUAUCGACCGAGAUUCACCAACAAACAAGAUAGCGUUGCGUUUGCGGCCCAUGCGACUUUCCUGGCGUCUGGGUUCAGGUGCCUUGCAGUCGGCCCUGACGCCGCUGAGAUUGCUGCAGGAUCGAAGGAUGUAGCUUCAAACGCCGAUGCUGGAAUCGAGGGUUGGAAUUCAGUUCCAGGUGUUUAUAAUUUCGCGUAUGCUCACGAGAGCACAGGAGCUUCAGCAGAAGCAGCAAAGGCAGAGAAGACUAGUACAUCUGAGAGAGUGGUGGUUCAGUGCUUAUCUGUUGCAGAUGGGGAGCUUCUUAUGGUGGACGCAACAGGGAUGGGUGGAGCAGGUUCUGCAGCGGCAGGAGGGGCUUCAGCUUCUGUAUCUCAUCUUGAAAUUAGCGUCUCUGAGCAUACGUCGGCACACGCCCCUCCGACGUCAACUGACUACAGUAAAAUCUUCACUGACCUUCCGGCGCUGGUAUCGUCCAUAUCAUCAGCCAUCAUCGAGCCCUUGACUUCCAGCACCACCUCCGGCACUCCUGCUGGGACUGCUGCUGCUGCUGCUGCUGCUGCUGCUGGUGCUGACGCUGCUACUGCAGCACAGCCUACUUCCACAGGCACAGCAGGACAGGAACCAGUGAGAAGCUCUGAAAGAGGGGGAGAGCGAGCAGGAGGGGUAUAUUUUGAGGAGCCUCAGCGUGGUUCGGUUGGUGGGUUGAGGGGAGGGGAAGGGAUAGUUUACCCUCCCAUUCCUGCAGGGCCACCAUACGAUGACUUGCAUCCAGGAAGGGGAGCUGGGAUCAUGCCUUCAAGACCUGGUUUCGGUGGAGGAAGCAUGCUUGUAGGGCCUCAUGAUCCAAGGUGGGGGCCAACGUUUCCAGGAGGAGUUGGAGGCGUGGGGCCGUUGCCUCCGGGAAUGCCACCAGGAGCGCGCUUCGAUCCGUUUGGUCCUCCAGGCAUCCCGGGCUUUGAGCCCGGCAGAUUUGGGGCUGGCGGUCCAAGGCCUCGAGGUCCCCCAGGUGGAGGGGUUCAUCCAGACAUGCAACAUUUUCCAGGGUCGGAUGAUUUUCUCUAG